GAUGGGAGCGGGCGGUGCUGCCCCACCCCAAAACAGAGCUGACAACAGAGGCUGAGGUGAGACGACCCCAAAAACUGGGGGGGGUGGGGGAGCAAAAUUUGGGGGCUGGGGACCCCGAAAAGCGUGCAGAAGGCUGAAAUUUGGACCCCAGAAGCAGAACCCUGAAAUUGGGACCUCUAAACUGGAACCAGGACCCCCCCAGUCGGCACCAGGACCUCAGAAUGGGGACCCUAAAAUCGACGCUACGACCUUGAGGCUGGGACCCCAAAACUGAAGGCGGGAGCCCCAAAAAAACAGCACCAGGAUCUUGGAAUUGGAUCCCUAAACUGGAAUUGGGACCUCGGAAUUGAGACCCCAAAAACAGCACCGGGACCCCAGGACUCAGAUCCCCAAAAUCUGCCCUGGGAUCCCAAAAGCAGCACCGGGACCUUGAAACUGAAACCCCAGAAAUCUACCGAGAUCCCAAAAGCAGCCCUGUGAUGAUGUAAUCAGCAUCGAGGACCCCAAAUUCCCGCGUUCGGACUCCAAACCCAACGCCAAGAUCCCAAAUUCCGGCACUGGGACCCCGAAUUCCAGCACUCAGACCUAAAAAUCAGCAUUGGAGACCCCACGUUCUGGCUCUAGGACCCCAAAUUCCAGCACUUGAACGCAAAAAUCAGCAUUGAAGACCCCAAAUUCCAGCAUUUGGACCCCAAAACCAGGACCCAGGUUCCAUGGCUGAGGGGUGUCCCCUCCCCGGGGAGGUGACAGAGGGGGACAGCGGUGUCCCCAAAGGGGACGUUGAUGUCCCCGAGGUCACUGUCACUCCUUGGGCCAGCGGCAUCACCAUCACGGUCACGGUGGCACCGGCGGAUGAGGACAUCGGGGACAUUUGGGACGUUGGGGACUUUGGGGACAGUGGGGACAUUGGGGACGGGGACGAUGCCCCAAAUGUCGCUGCUGAGGACAUUGGGGAUGGGGACGUGGAGCCUGGGGACAUCUCUGUUCCGUGUGACAAAGAUGUUGGGGACAGAGAUGUCCCAGCCUCAAAGGAUGUGGGGGAUGGGGAUGAUGGCUUUGGUGUCACAGCCCUAAGGGACGCUGAGAUGACAGACGGGGUGACACCAACUGAUGUUGGGGACAGGGGUGUCCCAACCCUGGGGGACAUGGGGGACAGGGAUGUCCCAGUCGACGAGGACAAGGAUGUCCAUGGGGACAAGAAUGAUGGGGACAGGGAAGUCAUAGGUGUGUGGGACGAUGUCACCACCCUAAGGGACAAGGUUUGGGAUGUCCCCGUUCCCAAUCUGGAGAAGGACACUGGGAAUGGGGAUGCUUUGGGUGUCCUGGCUCCUGGAGAUAAGGACAUUGGGGACAUCCUAACCUUAAGGGACGUUAGGGACAAGGAUGUCACAGCCCCUAAGGAUGAGGACACCAAGGAAAAAUGUGUCCCAACCAUGGGGGAUGAGGACCUUGGGGACAAGGGUGGUGGGGACAAGGAGGUCCUAUCCCUCAUGGGCAUUGGGGACAUUGGGGACAAGGAUACUGGGGACAAGGAUAUGGGGGACAAGGAGGUCCCAUCUCUCAUGGGCUUUGAGGACAAAGAUGGUGGGGACAAGGAGGUGCCACCCUUCACGAGCUUUGGGGACAAGGACAUUGGGGACAAGGACGUUGGGGAAAAAGAGGUGCCACCCUUUGUGGGUUUUGGGGACAAGGACAUUGGGGACAAAGAGUUUGGGGAGAAGGAGAUCCCAUCUGUCAUAGGCGUUGGGGACAAGGACACUGGGGACAAGGACGUUGAGGACAAGGAGGUGCCAUCCUUCAUGGACUUUGGGGACAAGGAUGGUGGGGACAAGGACAUCCCAUCUCUUGUGGGCUUUGGGGACAGGGACGCUGGGGACAAGGACGUUGGAGAGAAGGAUGUCCCAUCCCCUAUAGGUUUUGGGGACAAGGACUUUGGGGACAAGGAGGUCCCGUUUCUCAUGGACUUCGGGGACAAGGAUGUUGGGGAGAAAGAGGUCUCAUCCUUCAGGGACAUUGGGGACAUUGGGGACAAGGAUGUUCCAUCCCCUAUAGGCUUUGGGGACAAGGACGUUGGGGACAAGGAGGUCCCAUCCUUCACGGGCUUUGGGGACAAGGACGUUGGGGACAAGGAGACUGGGGACAAGGACAUCCCAUCCCUCAUGGACUUUGGGGACAUUGGGAACAAGGUUGUCCCAACUUUGAUCAUCGCAAGAGGUGGGGAUGUCCCAACCCCAGGAGAUGUUUGGGAUGAGAAAGUUGGGGACGUCCAGGUCCCAGCCCUAAGGGACUUUGGGGACAAAGAGUUUGGGGACAAAGAGUUUGGGGACAAGGACAUCUCAGCCCUAAAGGACUUUGGGGGCAGGGAUGUCCCAACCCAAGGGGACAACGGGGAGGAGGAUGCGGCCUUUUUGCUAAGAGGUGUUGGGGACAUUGGGGACAGGAAUGUCACCACCCCAAGAGACGUUGGGGACGUUCCCCAUGGGGACAGGGAUGUCCCCACGCUUGGGGACACCGGGGAAUUCCCAACUCUAUGGGACGCCGGGGACGAGGAUGGCCUUGGGGACGUGGUUGGGGACGUCACCAUCCUGAGGGAUGCUGGGGACAUUCCAGCGUUCAGGGACAAAAAAGAUGGGGACGUGCCAACCUCCAGGGAGGCGGAGAUGGGGGACGUGGGUGUCCCCAUCUCGGGGGGCGUUGGGGACAGAGGUGUCCCUUUCCUAAGGGGCGUCGGAGGUGAUGGAGUUGGGGACAUAGAGGGGGACGAGGUUGGGGACGGAGUGGUGAUGUCGGGGAGGAACGAGGACAUUGGGGACACUUGUGGUGGCAUCACCAUCACGGUGACAGCCCCGCCGCUGGAGGAAAUCCCCGGCGACGAUGAUGACGUCACGGCUGCGCUUCCCGGUGACGUCGCGUCCGCGGAUGAUGUCACUUCCUGCCUCCCCGAGGGUGAGGGUGCGGGUGACGCCGCGCCCGCCGAUGACGUCAUCAGUGGAGAUGACGUCAUCUCCUCCUUCCCCAGAGGCGAGCAGGAUGAUGGCGUCAUCCCUGGAGGUGACAUCACUGAUGACGUCAUGAUGGGCGAAGCCGUCGCUUCUUUCCAUGGGGAAGUGCACAAUAAUGACGUCAUCCAUGCAGGUGACAUCACUGAUGACGUCAUGAUGGGCGAAGCCAUCGCUUCUUUCCAUGGGGAAGUGCACACUGAUGACGUCAUCCAUGCAGGUGACAUCACUGAUGAUGUCAUGAUGGGCGAAGCCGUCGCUUCUUUCCAUGGGGAAGUGCACACUGAUGACGUCAUCCAUGCAGGUGACAUCACUGAUGAUGUCAUGAUGGGCGAAGCCAUCGCUUCUUUCCAUGGGGAAGUGCACACUGAUGACGUCAUCCAUGCAGGUGACAUCACUGAUGACGUCAUGAUGGGUGAAACCGUCGCUUUGUUACACGGGGAGGUCCACACUGAUGACGUCAUCCCUGGAGGUGACAUCACUGCUGACGUCACCCAUUGGGGUGGCAUCGCUGCUGAUGUCAUCGCGGGUGAAGCCAUCACCUCUGUUGAUGACGCCAUCCAUGGGGGUGACGUGAACGGUGACGCCACGCACGGAGGUGACCUCACUGAUGACGUCACCCAGGUGGCUGACCUCUCCGAUGACGUCAUCACGGGUGAAACCAUCUCCCCUUACCGUGGGGAGACGGGGGGCGAUGACAUCAUCCGGGGAGACGACCUCAUCGAUGACGUCACCUACAGAGGUGACCCCGUGGGUGACGUCACGCCUGGCAGUGACAGCACGAUUCUGGGCCGUGAUGUCACACCUGAACGCGGUGACGUCACCUGGAAGAAUGACGUCAUCAGUGACACCAUCAGCCCCGCAGAGGAGCAACCGCUGUGCCCGCGCAGUGACAUCAUCGAUGACGUCAUCACCCGCACCGCCCCCAGGAGGGACGGGGCUACAGGUAGGGGCGGGGUCAAGGUGAAGAGGGGGCGUGGCCAGCGAGGAUUGGGCGGGACUAACAAAUAUGAGGGCGUGGUCAACGAUGGGAGCGUGGCCGUGGCUGAGUGGGCGGGGCUAAUGGCAUGGGGCGUGGCCAGUGCGCGGUGGGCGGGGCUAGUCGCAUACACAGCCUAUGGGACCUGGCCAUGGCCAAGCGGGCGGGGCUACUUGAACGGGGGCGUGGCCACUGAGAUGUGGGAGGGGGUAAUUGCGUGCAGAACCAAUGGGAGCGUGGCAAAGGCAGAGUGGGCGGAGCUAAGCUAA